CGAAUUAACUUGCAAGGGAAACGGUCGAUCCUCAAAGUACUGCAAUUCAAGAACUCGUUACGUAAGAACGCCUGGUACAAUCAGGAUCCAAGCUACCCGUAGAGAAUCGCCUUAUAUUACAAGAGCACUCAUUGGACGACAUUCUGGACCGGAAAUGCGGCUUCACCUGAGAACCUUUAACCAAUGAAUUCUUAUGGGUGAAGCGCAAAAUUUUUUGGCGUUUGCUUUUUACUGUGACAAUGUCUACUCUCUUAUCGUCGUCCAUAUUUGCUAACACUUCACAAAAUGCAUAUCAGAAGUACUAUCUAUUUAACUCCGAUUCAGACAAGGAUACUUAUCGAAGUUCAUCUUCUUCAGACCCAYUUGAAUCAUUGACAUCAGAACUUUACGAGCAUUUGAGCUCGUUAGACAGUUCUCCGUGUAGUGAGACAUUCAACGAUCAGUUGCCAUGGUCAGUGGACUCAGACGAGAUUUCAAGUCUCGCUGCUUCUUUACAAGACUCGUUGCUACUCCAUCCGAGACCGUUACGAAAAAGCCCGAAGAGACCCCCUGAAGGGUAUCUUUGUCACUUGUGCUUUUGUAAGGGGCAUUACAUUAAAGAUUGUCCUCAGGCUCGUCCAAAAGGAGAAGGCCUGACCCCUUAUCAGGGUAAAAAGCGUUGUUUUGGAGAGUUCAAAUGUCCAUUGUGCAAGCGUAAAUGGAUGAGCGGUAACAGUUGGGCCAACAUGGGUCAGCAGUGUGUCAAGUGUUUUAUCAACGUCUAUCCGCACAAACAACGCCCCCUUGACAAACCAGACGGCUUAGACGUGUCGGACCAGACCAAAGAACACCCCCAAGAGCUUUGCGAGAAAUGUCAGUUYCUCGGUUACUACUGUCGAAGAGCCCAGCAGAGCUAAGCCUACAGUGAUGUAACAAUAACAAUUAAGAUUAGGGGACAGGGUAAGCUUGGUAUACAUUUUAUGGGGAAAAAUAGUAUCAUCGAGUGUGUUGUAUGGGUGCCAUAUCAGAAGUAGAGACUCCGUUUAGAAAAUUCGGCUACUUAAUGUAUGGCUGCCAUGGCAACCCUUAUAGUURGUUGUCAAUUUCUUUUCUGGGUGUGCAUGUGGGAUUACGUUAGCACGUGAUGGCGGCCAUGAUGGAUGACGAUACAAUAACAUUCUCUUUGUAGGGGGAAUGGCACCUGGCAGAAUGGAGUAUUUUUAUUUUAAAUCAACAUGUCUGCCUGCUACGUAAUGCGUCGGAUCCUCUAACAUAUGUGUUUUAUGAUAACUGCAUGGUAGGCUAUAGAUUAGAUUUUGUUCUUUGUUUUAAAAGAACGGCAAGGAUCGACGAGGGCUGAAUCGAUGAUAUUGGGCCAGUGGCGUUCAGACUCAGAUAUAAUUGAUAUCGAAAGGUCAUAUGACAAUUGGACGAUAGUUAUUUUAACUGUGUGCCAUCUAUGUUUAUUUUGUUCAUCUAAAAAAAMCACUUUAUUACUUAAUAACCAAGAAACAAGCAACCAACAAACCAACUACUACACCAAACAACCAACCAACCAACUACUAUCCAACCAACUAUCCACCCAACAAACCAACCAAACAAUCAACCAGCCAACCAACCAGCUACUAUCCAACCAACUAUCCAACCAACAAACCAAACAAACAAACAACCAGCCAACCAUUACACCAAACAACCAGCCAACCAACUAGCUGUUAUCCAACCAACUAUCGACCCAACAAACCAAACAAGCAAACAAGCAAACGAACGACCAGCCAACCAACUACCAAACAACCAACCGACCGACCGACAAACCAAACAAACAACCUAGAAGGAAAAAACUGAACUAAUUAA